GCGGGUUUCCUGGACCUGCCGACGGUCUCGCGGGCGCGGAGGACGCGCACCACCUCGACGACGACGAGAACUUGUGGGCCGAGGACGACUCAGACCGCAAGUCGCAGACUGCCAGCUGGCUCGCCAGCGGAUCGUUCCAGGAUGAUUUGGUGAUGUUCCGACUGUGCCUGCAGCAUUCUAUGCAGUGGGUGCUUCGCCAGUUGCGGUCGUCGAGCGUGUCCUUCGAGCGUGAGCAGCAGGCUCGCUUUCUACGGGAGGGCGCUCGUGACUACCAGGCAAUCGUGCAGUUCGACGGCGACGACAAUAAGAAGUUCAUGAAUGGCAUUGCCAGCAUGGUGUUCAAUGGUUCCGAGUGCGACCUCAUCCAGCGACGUGACGAGGAGCUGCAGUUGAAGGCCUACCUCAUGAGCAUCCGUCUCGGCGCUGCUGGGCAUGAACUGGUCAUCCAGAGAUGCGCCAAGGCGCCGUACAUCACGCUGGCAGGUUUGAAAUAUCCCAGGCUCUUGGACGAGCUCGCGAAGGAAUGCCCCAACACGCUGGACGCCUACACGAAUAGUUUCCUGAAGUUUUACCGUGCAGACUUGCACGGAGCGGGUGCGAGGGCAGAGCUGACAGCAGUGAAUCUGGUGACUGACACGGACACGAGCUCGACAGAGCGAAAGCAUUCUGUGCAGGCGAAGAAGACAGGUUCCACGACCACCAACAGGAAGCACAUCGCGGACCUGAGUGCGGAGGUAUUUUUUGCCGAGGAGGUUGCCACGAGUUUAUGGCGCGUGCAGCCCAAGGCCAAGGGCACGACGCUCCGCCAGCGGCAGCACGUGCAGCCCGAGUGCGAGGACGCGCCUGCCCAAGCACGAGUUCGGAGCGUGGGAUCGUGGCGAGCAUUCUUGCAUUGUGCUGGCCAGUCGUUCGAGGCUGAGUCUGUUGCUGAACUUUCCCUCCGCUACGCGAGCCUUUCGGGCGACGAGAUGGCCUACUAUGAGCAACUGGGUCGCGUCCUCACCACGAUUGCCAGGCAUGGCGGCAAGAUCUCGAGACCUCGGAAACGAGCUCGGCGAGAUCCCCUGCCACUGGAAGACUGUGAACUCCAUGAUGCCGCUGCACUGCCGAUCGAAGAUGCAGACCCAGCUGACGUUGCCGAGGAUCGUCGCCUUGAGCUGGCAAACUACAAGGCUUGCAUGCACGACUUCAGGGCCAAACUGCACCGUGAGCGACAGGCGAACCGCGAGCUGAUCGCCAAGCAGGCGGCGAUCGAGAGGGAGGUUUCAGCUGGCGCUCCUGAUCGGGAUGCGCUUUCGGAGACCUUGAGGCCGCAGCUGGGUGCCCGUGCAACCCUUGGCCACCCGCUCCCCCCAUUACUUGGUUAUGGCUUACGGGGGGGCUGCUCCAGGGGAUGGGUGGCGCGGGUGGGCGGGGGUUGCGCAGGCACCUCGAGAUCGUGGCACGUGAUGGGCGCGGAGAUGCAGCAGACCAAUUUUCAGACCGAGCAUGCUCACGCCAACUCCACCUUCGUGACUAUGGACAUGAGCACCGACCAGGUGAUCGAGGCUUCUGGCACAGUCGUCGGCGAUUUUACUUUGGCGUCUGCAGCGCGGGAGUGGAGGAGGAUGCACGCGCAGAUCAUGACGCCGCACCUCCAGAAGAUCGGAGCUGUCCCGAUCAAUCGGCCAGAUUGUUUCGAGGCUGGCCGAUGCGUCUGCCAGGGGGACCUCGGCAUGUGCAUCAGGCUGUUCGUGGCUCGCGUUCGCGCUUCCCUCCGUGCCUUGAAGGCCAAGCUCGGGGCCAAGACGGGCUUCAAGAAUGUUGUCAGCGGCGUCCCACUGCUGGUUGUCAAGAUCGAGGAUCGCGGCGACUUGAUCGGCGUCCAGCCUGUCCAGAGCGGCGAGUCUCCAGAUUUCAUCGACGUCUGGAAAGUUUGCCUCGACUUGCUGGCCGUGGACGGGCCGUUCAACAUCGUGUUCUACAGGUUGCAACUGGAAGACGACUUCUACCCCGCCAUCGCCGUGUGGGGCGGCAUGGAGGUCGAGAUCAAGAAGCUCGAGGACACCAAGGAGAGCGGUGCCAUCGUCUGCGACACAGGGCACGGCCUGAUUAAAUUUUAUCCUGUGACGAAGCGCCUCGUUGCACACUUGCCCGACGAUGUCUUCGGCAGGAAGACGACCCAGGAGAGAACUUGCAAUUUUUCGCGUUUUCGUUGCAAAGGGAGGCCUGUCGGCUAUCUCAUGGCGUGGCUCCUCCACGUGGACCCCGACCUUGGCCGCUACACCCACGUCCAUCUUUUAUCUGCUGAUUUUCACCGCCGAGAGGCAACCAUAGAUUUUUUCAAGAGGCUUGGCAGCCCCGAGGCGCAGUUCAUCCUGGAGCAUGGGGAGAGGCCCCAGUUGGCUGACGAGGGCGAGGAGCCCCUGCAUGCAAGCUGA